CAAAAACACAGUCGCACACACAACAGAGUCUCUGCACCACCAUUUUUUCUUCACGGAGAGAGAGAGAGAGAGAGAGAGAGAGAGAGAUGUUCAACGGACAGAAGCCGCGGCAACCAGAGGCGGCGCUGCAGCUGCCGGAGACGAAAGUGGCGGCCGAUCACCGAGGCGCGACAAUGAACGGGUCCCCCGAGGUGGCGGCGGCGCCACGCCCGAAAGCCGCUCGCCGGAACGCCGACGCCAUGCACGUGAUCCUGAGGGCGAUGUGCAUGGCGGCUUCUUUGACGGCGUUCUCGUUCAUGGUCACCGCCAAGCAGCACAGCGUUCUCGUCAUCUACGGCUUUCAGUUCCCCGUUCACUCCAAAUGGUCCUUCUCUAACUCCUUCGAGUACUUGGUCGGCGUUUCGGGGGCGGUCGCGAUUCACUCCUUCCUGCAACUGCUCAUCUGCGUCUUGAGAUUGCUCAGUAAAUCAUCAGUGAUUCCCUCUAGGAACUACGCGUGGCUCAUGUUUGCUGGAGAUCAGGUGCUUGCGUACGCGCUGAUGAGCGCCGGAUCAGCCGCUUCCGGGGUCACCAACCUGAACCGCACGGGGAUAAGGCACACGGUGCUCCCGAACUUCUGCAAGCCUCUCCACAGCUUCUGUGACCAUGUCACGGUCUCGAUCGCCUUCACUUUCUUCAGCUGCAUCUUGCUCGCGACCUCGGUUGUCCUAGAUGUCAUCUGGCUAGCCAAAUACUAACUUACUCAUCAGCUCCACAUAUCCUCCUUCCUUAGUUAGUUAAAACAAUAGCUAAAGUCAUUUCGCGCGCCUUGUGACCGAUCGAAUCGGCCGAAGCCAUCUUCGCUUGUGAAGCAUAUGUACUUCGUGUAGCUAGAUCUCUUGGUAAAUUUUAUCGGUCUUGCUUGUUUCGUGUAUGGGAUGAAAUUACAGUUAUGGGUGAUCGAGCAUGUGUAUACAUAAGUGAAUCUUCGUUAUCAUUGACCAGCACGUAUUAGGUUGUAA